AUGGAAGCACCCGACGACUGGACUGAUUACUUCGGCGGACAAUACAAUAUAUCCAGAAAAGAAGAUAAAUAUCCAGUAAUAUUAGCACCCAAGUUAAAUUAUAGUUACAAUGAGAAUCAGUCCGAUGUUUUCGAAUUUUCUAAUUUCACAUCAGAAGAUUAUUGUGCAUCGAACCACUCGCACGUUUAUUUGAAUGUUACAUGCGAAUUCCCUAUCAACUAUGCGGAACCUAUGUAUGGAUACAUCGCCCCAUUUCUCCUAGCAACAACCACGGUGGCCAAUACGCUUAUAGUCGUUGUGCUAUCACGCCGUCAUAUGAGAACUCCUACAAACGUCGUCCUGAUGGCCAUGGCGUUAUGUGAUAUGUUCACCAUGCUCUUCCCAGCACCAUGGCUCUUUUAUAUGUACACCUUUGGAAAUCAUUACAAGCCUUUGAGCCCGAUCCGCGCGUGUCAAGCUUGGCAUUAUAUGAACGAGGUAAUCCCAGCAAUGUUCCACACAGCUAGUAUCUGGCUAACUCUUGCGCUCGCCGUCCAGAGGUACAUAUACGUAUGCCACGCACCGGUCGCUAGAACUUGGUGUACUAUGCCUCGAGUGAAGAAGUGUUUAAUUUACAUCGGCGUAGCAGCAUUUCUACACCAGCUACCGCGCUUCUUUGACCACCAGUAUGUGCCGCAUGUGACCGUGUGGCGCGGCCACUUCGAAGAAGUUUGUUCGGUGAAAAUGGCGCCGUGGGUCCACACGCUAUCGUUAGACGCGUACUUCAUAACCUACUUUGCUUUUCGAGUUUUAUUCGUCCACCUAAUCCCUUGUACGUCACUUGUAGUACUCAACGUCUUACUUUUCCGUGCUAUGCGAACCGCACAAAUAAAUCGACAGAAAUUAUUCAAAGAAAACCGGAAAUCCGAAUGUAAAAGAUUAAGAGAUUCAAAUUGCACCACACUCAUGCUCAUCGUGGUAGUAACAGUGUUUUUAAUGGUAGAAAUACCUGUAGCAGUGAUAGUGAUGAUGAUGUUCUCCCGGCCGAUUCCGGCCACGGCGGCCAAUCUCAUUGAGACUAGCCAACUACGUAGAAUUUAUAGUGCACAAGUGUACGCGCAGACACAACGUGCACUCUCUAUUCCUGUCACUCUCAUACUCCGGUGGGACAACUACUCGACACGACCAGUGAGAGUUAAGGCGCAGGACCGACGGCUUUACGUGCUCUCCGAGGCACGGGGG